GAGCAGGAGUGAUAGGAGUGAUAUGUGGGAAAUGAGGAAAACUCCAGAAACAGAGUUUAGAGUUCAUACUGGGAGGGCAGGACUGGGGGGUGCUGUAAUUGGGCAGUAACGGACUGGGGGAGGUGCUGGGAGAGUUUGGUGGAAAUGGGGAGGAAGUGUUACAGCUGGACUGGGUGAGUUGGCUCUUUUAUGAGUGUAUGAGUGACUGUUCGUUCAUUCCUCGUCGUCACGUGACCGAGGCGUGCCUGACCGGUAUACGGCUCACGCGCUUUUGUGCUCGUGUACCUGCUGGGCGAGUGAAAGCUGAUAGCCUGGCUGUUCUCCUCAGAGCAGAGCCGAGGAGCAUGAGAACCAGCAGCUGAACCUCCUCACAGACUCGGACAGAAGCUUCUGGAGGGAGUUUACCGGGUUUUUACCAGCUGGAGUUCAAAAUGGGAGGAUAAACCGUGAGAGGAAUAACUUUCAGCAACUUUUGGAUGUUUUUAAGGCUGUUUAACGUAUUUAAACUACUUUUUUCUAUAUGAUAAUGUGAAGACAUGGCUUCAUCUCACCUCGAACACCUCUUCCAACACCAUGCUGGACGCUGAGGAGAAACUACAGGAGGAUAAACUCCAGUUCUAUCAGUUUUAGCACAGUUUUCUACGUUUAUUUCUCUUUUUAGGUCUUUUUUUAGUCAGUUUUGGCUCGGCACCAUGGCUCUGUCCCAAAUCCAGUGUCUGGACGACAACCACGUCAACUGGCGCAUGAACGAGUCCAAGCCCGAGUUCUUUUACAGCGAGGAGCAGCGGCUCGCGCUCGAGACCCUGGUGGCUCGCGGCCGGGACGCCUUCCACGCCUACGUCCGCGAGCGCGAGCUACGGCCCUUCUUGUCCGAGCCGGAGCUCGAGCGCCUGUGCGGCUCCGUGGAGGAGUACCGGCCGGGCUUCGAGCACGCGCGGCCGGACGGGCUCCCGGGAGAGCCCGAGGACGGCGCCGUGUCGCUGCAGUACUGGCCCGACCGCUCCGACACCUCCAUACCGGACCUGGACCUCGGCUGGCCCGACUGCAACUCGUACCGCGGCGUCACGCGCGUCAACGUGCACACGCAGCCGCCCAUGGACGGACAGACGCACAUCAAGGAGGUGGUGAGGAAGACCAUCGCGCAGGCGCAGAGGUUGAUUGCAGUGGUGAUGGAUGUUUUCACGGAUGUCGACAUUUUCAAGGACCUGUUAGAUGCUGGGUUUAGGAGGAAGGUGGCCGUGUACAUCAUCAUAGACCAAUCAUCUGUUCAGCAUUUCCUCAACAUGUGUGAAAAAGCCAGCAUGCACCGAGGACAUCUAAAGUGUCUGCGGGUGCGCUGCAGCAGUGGCUGUGAAUUUCACACUCGUUCAGCCAAGAAAGUGCAAGGUUCACUGAACCAGAGAUUCAUGUUUGUGGACGGAGACCGGGCGGUGUCUGGAUCAUACAGUUUUACGUGGACGGCUUCUCGAUUGGAUCGUAACCACAUCACGGUUUUGACGGGCCAGGCGGUGGAAACCUUUGAUAAACUGUUUCGUGAACUUUACUUGACCUCUCGCGGUGUCAGCUUGUCUAAGGUCCUGCUGGCGGACCUCCCUGACCCCGACCCUUUGCCGGUUCCUGUUCCCGCCCCUCUUCCCUCUGCAGCCGUUGCUAGGAAACUAAUCAACCCUAAAUAUGCCUUGGUGGAUACGUCAAGCCGGACGUCCUCGGAUAAAGUCAGCCCUAAAAACAGUAGCUCUCAGAAUCAGCUGCCCAUACCUGUGAAAAAGCAUCGGGAGUUGAUUGAGGAGAUGCCCAAGCACCCAGGCCUCGUGGGAUUGGCCAAAGCUGAACUCAUUUCCUAUUUGCCUAUCUGGCCAGAGCCUGACCCUCCCAGUGAUGUGAUUGGCUUUAUCAACAUUCGAGACACUAGUAAGCCGUUGCAGGUGCAUUUGAUGCGAUCGCAGCUGUUUGAAACUUCCCAGGCCAUUCGAUUCAAAGACCCCUUCACUGCCCCACCUGAGGAGCCUUUACCUGAAAAGGUGAGCCCUCGCUCUAAAGCAACGAACACACCCAAAACUGAUCCUCCAAAAGAUAUUGAUCAUCAACCAUCAACCAAGGGACCACCAGUCAAGGAGAUUCUUCCUGACAACCAUGAAUCUUUACCUGAAAUCACAUCACCUCCUGCUGUAUUUCCUACACCCACCCAAACUCCAGAGGUUCCACCAGCCAAAGCUCAGGACCGAGCUCCUCCUGAGCCAAAACCUGCUCCCAAACCACAGCAGCCUCCUUUAAAAGAGCCUCAGAUUGAGAAGCCACCUCCAGGACCACCAGUUCCCAAGCCACGCACCUUGCAGCUGGUGAUGACUGCAACCGAUGGCCCUGAAGCGGUCCAGGUCAGCCUGGUCAAGAGGGACCAGCCCCAGGAACCUCAAAUGGUACCAGAAAUCGUCACUCCACCACAACGCAGAGCACGAGAAACCUCAAGUUCAGAUGAGUACGGAGAAGCACCUGAGGAGCCCUCCUCAGCAGUGCACACACUCACAAACCUCCUCCCAAACAUGGACCAAUCCAGCAAGGACAGUACUCGAGACAACGACGCGGACAGUACGAAGGUUAUGUGCGCACAUUCCCUGAAGGACAAGGACGAGAGUUCCACGGCAUCAGACGAGUACUACGAAUGCAGCGACUCGGAACCCGGGACGCAAGAUCAGCUCACUAACGGGAGGACUACAGGAUCAGGACGUAUCGGGGACCAUAGCUCUGGAUCUGACUCGCUGAAUAUGAUGGCACGGCUAUCUCAGUCUAUGCUGGACCUGAGAGCUGAUACUCGCGCAGAGCUGGAACCUGCUGAGAGGAACCUGCUGAACAUACAGAGCAAGUACAACACAGGAAAGAUGUUUCAGGCAGUGUCGAGGUCUCCAGUUCGAGAAGCCUACAGCAGAGCUAAAGUGGUGAUCGCCAAACCGGGGGUCUACCAUCGCCCUCCCAAAAGCAACGCCCACGUGAUCGGAGGUCACCGAUACUGGCAGGGAAAACUCUACGGCCCUGAACGCCCCCAGAACAGAGCGCCACAGCCCAACGCCAACCGCACCGGCCGGUCCCCGCGGAGGCACAUCUCCCCCUACAGGACUGGAGGACUGAGGACCAGCCAGUCCCCAGUAAACCGCAUCGCUCACGCACACUCGCGUUCUCCCGCUCAUCGCACCACGCAUACACACUCCCCCUCACCGCGGAGGCAGAAUGAGACACAGACCCCACUGGGAAUCUCAUUUUCAAAACUUGCCAGCUUCAAGAACUUUAGAGGGAAAGUACCGGGAAUAUUAGGAGGCGUCGCCGUGGGCGACAAAAGGGUAACGCGUGGGCACAAAGACAGUUAAGUGUUGUGCUGGAAAUUCUGCAAACCUGAAGAAACUGGGAGUAAGUAUCUUUGUGUUAAUGCCAAUUGUGCAACAGACAUGCACACUAAAAAAAUAACUCUGCUUGUUAGAGUGUGUGUAAAAGGGACAAAAGACAAAAGAAAUUCUCACACAGAAGUAGAUGCCCUGAGCUCUGUGGAAUGUAGUUUAUGGUGAAAAGGUGAUGGAUUUUUCAACAUGGUGUAGGCGGUAUCAAAUUGUGUUACAACCCAUUUGCUGUUCACUGAAGAGUACGUAAAGAUCUCAUCUCAAAGUCUUCAGAAGCUCAUUGCUUCUAUUCUGUCGCAGACACACACCCAGUGUACCAAUGAUAUUGUUGUUUAAAGUAAUGUAAUAUUCAUACUUGACCAGAUUUUCUCUGUCAGAGGAGAUCAGAAUUUAAUAGGAGAAAAAUGACAUUUUUGAGAAUGGUGCUUUUGUUCUUUCUGGAGCGAUUACUGGAGUUCCUUACCUGCUGACAGAAUGUACUAGAUGUUUGAUAACGGGGCAAAAACAAUAAAAACUUUUUUCUUAC